CGUGCUUUCCGUUGCCCCGGUGAUCCAACCUAGCGGCAAGACAGUGGUCUCCCAGCAACGUAGUGUAAAUGUCCAGUUAUAUUUUUAUUCCAGGUAGUAUUAGAGAGCAUCAGAGAAAUGAAUGAAACAUCAGUUAGUUAAAUACAAAGACUGGGACUGCACUAGCUGACCCAAUACUAGCAACAUAGCACGGGCGAUUUACAGGCUCACAGCCGAUGGUUGCUUGCUAGCCAAUGGGACUAUUUGACAAGUUGGUCGGAUGGCUGGGCUUAAAGAAGGAGGUGAAUGUUCUCUGCCUGGGCCUGGACAACAGUGGCAAAACCACCAUCAUCAACAAACUCAAGCCUUCCAAUGCCCAGGUGCAAGACAUUGUUCCAACAAUUGGCUUCAGUAUAGAGAAGUUCAAGACAUCCAGUCUUUCAUUUACCGUCUUUGACAUGUCCGGUCAAGGCAGAUACAGGAAUCUUUGGGAACAUUACUACAAGGAAGGGCAGGCUAUAAUAUUUGUCAUUGAUAGUGCAGACAAGCUAAGAAUGGUUGUAGCCAAAGAAGAAUUGGACACAUUAUUAAAUCAUCCCGAUAUUAAACACAGGAGGAUCCCCAUCCUUUUCUUUGCUAACAAGAUGGAUGUCAGAGAUGCUCUGUCUUCUGUCAAGGUCUCACAGCUGCUCUGUUUGGAGAACAUCAAAGACAAGCCCUGGUACAUCUGUGCCACUGAUGCUAUCAGAGGAGACGGUUUACAAGAAGGAGUCGACUGGCUGCAAGAUCAAAUCAAAACAAUGAAAACAUGAGCGCAUGAGGAGCAACCACCAGAAUAACACCAGGAUUCACAGAUAUUUUUUAAAAUAAUUGUUUUGCUGUUUUUGAGGCACCAAUUGAAGCACAUGCUGUUUCUGAUGAUAUAUCAGUGUUAAAACAAAAAAAUGCAAAUGUCCAAAAAGCAAGUGGAGCAGAGUUUCACUUGGUUAGAGAAGUGCACAAAAAGCAGCAGGUGAAUGUGGUAAAUGCUUCCUAUAAAAUGUUUAAGAUUUGUUAAGAUGCAUUGUUGUUUUAGUAAAUUUGACUUCAGUGUAAAAUCAUUGGGAAUCAGAAGAAGAAAGAGGCAAAAUGUGUUCAUAUUCCUGCCUUUUUCAAAACUACAUUGGCUGUUUUGUGCUUACACUAAUAACAGGCAUUUUGUCCUCACUUCACAUAAUUUAGAAUGGAGCUCUGCUCAAUUUUAAGCAAAGUUUCUCUAGGAUAAUAAACAAAAAAAUAAAUAAAAAAUGAAAAAGAAAUUGUAACAAAUUUACCUAUUUUAAAGAAAAUAUAAUAUGUGUAAUAAUACCAAUUGUAAUGUGCCCUUUUAAAUACAACAUAGUUAGCUGUAAUUGUCAUAUACAAAUAUUAAGUUGGUAUAUGUACAGAUGUGAAAUAAGUAGGUGAAAACUGCAAAUGUAAGUCAAAAUGAGUCUCUACAAAGCUAAAUUCCAGCCACUGUUCUUUUUGGCUUGAUUCCAUUUCUACUGAACAAGAUGUAAUCAUUCAAAAAGGCUGCUUUCAGUUCACUCUCAGUACUUCAAUGAAUCAAAGGCAGACCAGAAAGCAUAAAAUUACAGUCUAUACAAAAGAUAGUUUUUUUUUGUUGUUUGUUUUUUUAAGGCUUUGAUCUUUUUAUAUAGACUGACCUAGAGCUUGCCAUAAAAGCAGCUUGUUUCGUCCAUGUUAGCCUAUGCUACUUCAGCCCUGCUUUCUAGAAAUGUUUUCUGUGUUUUUAAUCCUUUUUUGGUUAGAAUUAAUCAGUAUUAUAGAUAGAUAGAUAGAUAGAUAGAUAGAUAGAUAGAUAGAUAGAUAGAUAGAUAGAUAGAUAGAUAGAUAGAUAGAUAGAUAGAUAGAUAGAUAGAUAGAUAGAUAGAUAGAUAGAUAGAUAGAUAGAUAGAUAGAUAGAUAGAUAGAUAGAUAGAUAGAUAGAUAGAUAGAUAGAAAGGCUUAACAGCUCAUAGAUUUAAAAGUGGCAGCUACAAAGGCUUUAGGUUGCAUUUAUUUCUAGGAAAUAAUUGACUUUAAUGCACUAAAUUAAAAUCAACACAUUUCUUUAUUUUAAUCCUUUAUCUAUGCUCUGUCAAAAGUUUGUGAAUUGUGGCUAAAUAAGGUUUAGCAGCAAAAGCCAAACAGAAACGGAAACAACUUUUUCUAUCAUCAUUUUUAAUGUUGCCCUCCUGCAACAACUCAGAAAGUAACUGUUCCAAAAGCAAGACUUUAUUUAACUAAUUACAGCUUGUGGUCUGUCAAAGAUGUUUUCCUUAAUGUGAAUGACAUGUAACUAAAAUGGUGCAGAUGGAGGUAGCUGUUUCAGUAACAAUCAUUUCGAAGAGUUAUUGAGGUAUUUGUAAAACAUAAUGGUAGAUGUGAAGUAGCUCGUACUUGUAUAGCUAAUAAAGUUCAGAGAACCCCAAAGCUCUUCACCCAUCCUCACACACUUAGAACAUACUCUAAACUAUUAACAAAACCUUAUCAAUUUGUUUAGAUAGUUAGGGAACAUAUGCUAAAACGUCUGUGAUAUUUUCCAGGAAAGCAUAGCAAAAUAUGUUGUAAUUUAUGUUAGUUAUUUAAAAUGUUAUAUCUGACCCUCUGAUGCUGUUUUUGUUGUGAAAAGCUGGAGCACAUUAGUCUCAUAUAUCAGCAGGCAAUGUUUUUUCUUCAGCACUUCAGCUGUGAAACAACCAAAUCAAGAAAACUCCUGCUUACUAUAACAGUGGAAACCAUGUGGAUUUGGAAUAUUUCUGUGAUUGUAAAAUAUCUUGACUUGCUGUAAGGAGUUUAGUCAGUAUCUUGUAGAGAUCUCAGAUCAUUUCUGAAGGUCAACUGUCCUUGAUUAAUAAUGUUUUAUAUUUUAAACUGAUAUCAUUUCUAGAUUAUUUGCUGAAACUGCAUUUUUUUCAAAGGCCUGUUUCUAUUCUAUUCCAUUCUGUGUUUUAAUUUUCAAAUAAUAAAUUUUGUGGAAAUCCAACAUUUCUUCAUGUUCAGGUGUAAUGUUCAUAUAUCAGAUGUUAUCCCAAA